GGAAACAAAGGAAGGCGGACUCACCCCCGAUUAUCCUAAAUAUGACGUCAUCCAUGACAUCACCUUCCCUAAUACGUUUGGACGGUCUGACACUAUAUUCCACGUGGCAUCAUCAUCGCCGUUGAAAAUCCCAUAAAAUGACAUUCCAAGACCAUAUAUUAUGUUUGCACGUAGCCAUAUUUUGGCCUUCUUCCCAACAUUUCAUAGAUUCCCCUCCGCCCACUUCACAAACGCACUUCCUCUAGCAAACACACUAGCAAGAGAGACGAAGGAAAAAAAAAAUUCAAGGGAAGUUUGGAUCGUAUUCGAGUUUUUUACAAUACUUUUUUUCGUAAAUUUUGGUGUGCAGAUAUCAUAAUGACUAGCAUUACGAGUGCGGAGAGUGACAAGUAUAGCAUGAUUAAUUUCGAAGAGACGGAGCUACGUCUAGGGUUGCCCGGAGGCAAUGGAAAUGACGGUGAAACCACCAAAAAUAAUGGGAAAAGAGGGUUCUCGGAGACGGUUGAUUUGAAACUUAACCUUUCAACAACAAAUGAGGCACUGGUGGACGAACCUGAGAAGUUGAAGGAGAGGAGCACUGUCGCCACUCGCUCUAAUGACCCUGCAAAAGCACAAGUGGUGGGAUGGCCACCAGUCAGAUCCUACAGGAAGAACAUCAUGGCAGUCCACAAGAACAGCUCCAACGAGGGCGAGAAGGCCGGAUGCAGCACAGCCACCGCCACCACUGCAGCGUUCGUUAAGGUCUGCAUGGAUGGUGCACCAUAUCUACGCAAGGUGGACUUGAAAUUAUACAAGAGUUACCAAGAACUCUCUGAUGCCUUGGGCAAAAUGUUCAGCUCUUUCACUAUUGGUAAUUGUGGGUCACAAGGAAUGAAAAAUUUUAUGAAUGAGAGCAAAUUGAUAGACCUCUUGAAUGGUUCUAAGUAUGUUCCAACUUACGAGGACAAAGAUGGAGAUUGGAUGCUUGUUGGUGAUGUGCCAUGGGAGAUGUUUGUUGAAUCAUGCAAACGCUUACGAAUCAUGGAAGGAUCUGAAGCAAUCGGACUUGCUCCAAGAGCAGUAGAGAAGUGCAAGAACAGAAGAUGAAAUAGUGUUACAGACAACAAUCUCAAUUGAAGAUCAUAAGAAACCAGCAAGACCAGGGAGUUUGAAUGUGCUCAUCAACAUGAAGAAAACAAAAUCAUUAUAAGACUUUGCUUUUCUCCAGUGUAACUUUGUUUUAUUGUCAAUGGCUUGUUUUAUAAAUCUUAAAAAUUAUUAAUGUUUUUAGUUGUCAUGAGUGUUUUUUGUUUAUUACAUUUUGUAAUAUAUAUUUUUGCAUGUAUUUUUUUAAUAUAACGUUUUAUUUUGAUAAAUUAUUUUAUAAUGUUUUUGUAAUUGGUUGAGGAAACAAAGAAACAAGAUCCAAGAACAAGGAGACAAGGCCAUGUGCAAAUUUUGCUGGGAACAUGUAAGAAUCAAUUAUUCAUACAUUUUUUUAU